GGAUCUACAGGACGUGUUGGUUUUGUCGACUCCCAUUCUCUGAAACUUUCUCUGAGAACAUUUUGUGACAUCACCAGCAGAGGAGCAGAUUGUGAAAGGCAACAGCAUGGAGCGGGAUCACAGGCUUAAUGGCGAGAAUAUAGCUCUGAAUAAGAUGAAUGACAUAGAGGCAUACACAGAUGCCAGCGGCAAAAUACAUCGACCCAUUAACAUAAAUCACUAUGCCACUAAGAAGAGUGCUGCUCAGAGCAUGCUGGACGUGGCUUUGCUCAUGGCCAACUCAUCCCAGUUGAAGACAGUUCUUUUUGUGGGUCCUCAGUACCGCUUCUACAUCCCCCUCAUUGUGCUGCUGUCUCUGUCCAUCACAUUACAGGUCAUAGUGGGGCUGCUGCUCGUCUUUAUCGUGAAAUACGAUCUGAAUGAUGUGAGAAAACACGCCAAGCUGAACAGGAUGAACAACGUCGCCACUGUCUUCGUCUUCUUCACCGUCCUCAUCAACAUAUUCAUCACAGCUCUUGGCUUUGAGGGAUACACAGCCAGGUCCGCUGUAGCUCCUGUGAUGCAGAUACCAGACCAGGCACUUUCUCUUCUGCCUGGUGAACUUAACAUGACUGGUGGUGUUUAGCCUGACCCCAUGUCCGACCUUUCAACUUACAGGUGUCAAACAUACGGCCCGUGGACCAAAACCGGCCCACCAAAGGGUUUGAUCCGGCACGUGGAAUGAAUUUUGAAAUACAAAAAAAAUUACACUGAAGAUAUGUUCUUUAAAAUCUUUUUAGUUCAGGUUCCACAUACAGACCAAUAUGAUAUAAAGAGGGCCAGACCAGUAAAAUACAUAAUAACCUAUAAAUC